UAAAUACUCAACAAAAGAGUGCUAGGAAUGUUGAAAAUCCCACUACAUUUGCAAUUUAAAUAUUUUUUAAAAGGCUUAACACAAGCUUUUAACUGGACAUUUGUGUGCAAGCAAUUCGCAACCUCCAAAUCAAUUCAGCAGACACUGAUAAAGAGUCUAGCCUUGAAUGGAGUCGCGUAUUUAGGACUAUUAGUUUUUAUAGAAACAUUUUAUAACACACCUGAUCACCAUUUGUAUGGAUAUUCCUACAGAGUAAAGCUUUUGAGAUUUAACAGGUUAUCCAUUAUAUUUGAUAUGCUUGGUGAUCAACUCCAAACUGUACCGUCAAUUUUCACAGGCAACAAUGACGCCAUUACAACAGGACGCAGCAGCAACGCGUGAUAGCAGCGCUAGCUUAUCAUCCACUAUCAGCACCAUCAUUUUGUAUGCGAAUUUUGUUCUUUACAUCAAUUUACUAAGACGUGUUCCUCUCAUUGGUUCAACUGUAUCUUUCUUGAACUACUGUAUUAUUAUGGCUUAUUAUUGUUUCGAAUAUACUUGGAUCAAUCAAGAUUGGUCUAUUGAGCAGCGUAUGACUUAUGCUGAAGAACAUUGGGCUUAUUGUUUAGGCUUUGGUUUACCUGCUUCAGCCUUAACUUUUUUCCUGUCUACAUUGAGAUCCAACGGUGUUUUUGCCUUACUUUUCCCCAGUUAUAUUAUGAUGGCUUCCGUUGGAGUACCUGAGCCAGCUUCUUCUUUAUUAAAAAAAGAAAUUCCUUUUGUAGCAAAUCCAUCAGCUUUACCACAUAAAAUACCCGUAUUCCUUGGUGUUAGGCUUUUGAAUCAGUUUAUUAUCCGCUUCAUUGGCAUUCUGUUCGGUUCAAGAGGCGUCGGAUCGAAAAAUCGCUAUAAUUCCUUUGAUUCUGACCGAUCCAAAAUAAAUUUGAAUAAAAUUGUCUAGUAUCGAUUAUGAUUGAAACAUCC